AUGGGACGAGUUCACAAGUUUCUCGAGCUGCAACUGUGGGUCGUCUACUUCUUUGCGGUGCAAGCCAUUUUUGCACUGCAGAAAAUCUAUAGGACGCUGUUGAGGAUCGAUCGGAUCCCGGAGGGACAUGUUAGAUUGUGCUCAAUUGUACAUAGAAAAAAACGCGAUGUCGAAGAAAUCGCGCGUGGCAUGGAUUUUCUCAGUGUCCACAACUCUUUUGUACCGACGAGCCUAUUAGACGGCAGUCACUGGACGCUAUAUUGUCUCACUAAGAACACGGCUUACUUUGUGUAUUUGCCAAAACCGGUGUUAUGGUACAAUUCCCAGCGAUGUCCAUUUGUGUAUGUGGAUUAUUUCAAAGAGGCACUGCUCGUAGCCGAGGCGCCUAGGGAAGAGUUUGAAAAGCUUGCUGAUGAGUUGGCUGAUCGGCCGCAAGCUGACACGAUCUUCUACACGAAUACGGCUAGAUGUGGAAGUACGCUGCUUGCCAAGAUGCUUCACAAUGAAGGAAAAUCGCACUGCGUCGCCGAGCCGUACCCAAUUCCUUGUCUGACCAUCGGAUAUGCGGAAGGGUAUUUGACUAAAGAGGAUGUCACCUCCUUGCUACCGCGUGUAAUUACGAUACUUCGCAAAGACGUACCUGCUGACCAAGUGUUUAUUCUGAAGGCCGAAUCCUCGGGCGUCCGCCUCGUGGAGUUCACCGACAACAUCCCGCAGUUCCGUAACAUCUUCUCGUUCCGGAAAGACGGCAUUGAUUCGUGUGAGCGGAUGCUGAAACGGGAAGAGAUUGGGGAUGUAUUGACCACACUCCAUUUGUACCUUCCCCGGUUGACACUGUGGAUUUUCGGGUAUUUGGCCGGCCACUACCUCAAAAACGAGUCCCGCUUCCUGAUGCCCUGCAUUUGGUUCCACGACCUCAUCCACAACACUGAGCAGCUGCUGCGGGAGAUUUUUAGAAAUAUCGGGAUCCCGGAGGAGACGGCGUUGGAGGCGAUGAAGUGGAAGGGGGAGGACUCGCAGAAGGGGACGUUCCUCAGCAAGGAAGCCCUCCAACACAUUGAAAUCCCUCCCAUGACUGCAGAGGAACUCACCGAAAUGCGCCAGUAUGCAGAGGCGAUGGAAAUUCCGGUCGAUACACUGAUCAAAGCGGAAAAACCU